AUGUCUGCACACAGAUUAAAGAUUGGCUGCGCCGGUCUUGGUCGCAUGGGCAAACGCCAUGCCAAGAACUUCCUUGAACGAACUCCUCGGGCCCAGCUGGUCGCUGCCAGUUCACCCGAUCCUACCGAGCUAGAAUGGGCCAAGAUACAUCUCGAGCCGUUUGGUGUGCGAUUGUAUCAGAACUAUGACGACAUGCUGAAGCAUGAAGGCCUGGAAGCCGUGGUGGUUGCAUCGGCGACCGCUGUGCAUGCCGAGCAGGCGAUCAAGGCGAUCAAGGCUGAUAAACAUGUUCUUUGCGAGAAGCCGCUAUCCACCAGCGUCGAUGUGUCCCAAUCCGUCCUCGAUGCAGCCUCCCAAAAGCCCAACCUGAAGGUGAUGUGUGGCUUCUCUCGCCGCUUUGAUGCCUCCUACCGCGACGCCUACAACAAGAUGCGUGCCGGCGCAAUUGGAGCACCCUCUGUGCUCCGCAGCCAGACCUGCGACAAGCUCGACCCAUCCGGGUUCUUCGUUGCAUACGCCCAAUUCUCGGGCGGCAUCUUCGUUGACUGCUCGAUCCACGACAUUGACCUGGCGCUGUGGUUCUUCGGUGCGGGCAGCAAGGUCAAGUCCGUGUCGGCGGUGGGCAUCACGGCUGUGGAGCCGGACCUACGCAAGCAUAACGACCGCGACAAUGCAGUCGGCUUGGUCGAGUUCCACGACGGCCGCAUUGCAUACUUCUACGCGUCGCGUAUGAUGGCCGCCGGCCAGGAGGACACCACCGAGAUCAUCGGCACCAAGGGCAAGCUAGCCGUCAAUACGCAGCCGGCUGUCAAUCAUGUUCACAUGUACGACGACACGGGCAUUCGGCGGGAGCUCCCGCAAACCUAUUAUGAUCGCUUUGAGUAUGCGUUCGUCACAGAGGCGAAUGAAUUUACGGCCUCGGUGCUGGACAAUAAUCCGCUUCCGUUGGACCUCACAACUGCUGUGCAGGCGGUGCGGAUUGGCGCAGCGCUGCAGGAGUCGCUAAUCAGCGGGCAGAAGAUCUCCUUCGAUGAGCAAGGGAACCGUACGCAGAUGGCUCGUCUAUAA